AUGCCUGUGAUUUUCAAUAGUGCAAAAUUAUUGGUUACCAUGUGUCUUGCUGGUUUGGAACGUGAUGAGCUGCGUGAGUUAUUCAACGACCUCAGCAGUAGCAGCAGCAGAAGCAGCAGCAACAGGAGCAGCAGUGAAGAUGAAGUUGAUGUGGUCAAUAUCGAUGACAUGGAGGAGGAGUUGGAAAGGAAACUGGAGGAACAGCUGAGUGAUCUGGAUGGGCAGGACCAGGAAAAAGAGGAAACCAAUUUGCUAGCCUUGAGAAUCCAAGAGCAGAUUGAUAAGCUGAAGAGCAAACUGCAGGAGAACGAGGUGAGGGUAAGGCGACAAGAAGAUCUCAUCAAGAAAGUGGAAAAUAUGGCACUCAAGCUAAGAAACGGAGGAAAGAAAUAUCUUAGAGCAGGCAGAGAACAAACUGGAAGAGUCCUGAGUGGCUGA